AUGUUAGUAAAUAUUUAGGAAGCUAGCAGACCCAUUCGUAACUUCAAUCCUUAAAAUGUCACUAGUCUGUAUUGAUGAUUAUGAAAAAUAUGCUCAAGAGAAGCUUCCGAAAAUUAUAUACGAAUUUUUUCAAAGCGGAGCAGGACGAGAGCGUACUUUAAAGUGGAAUAGAACGAGUUUUUCCAGAUACCUAAUUAGACCAAGAUAUAUGAAAAAAGUAGAUGUCAGGAAUUUGUCCACAAAUGUUUUAGGAAAACCUGUAUCCAUACCAAUAGGGAUUUCACCCGUGGCUUUUCACAAACUAGCUCAUUCUGAUGGUGAAUGUGGCAGUGUCAAAGCUGCAGAAGAAAAUCAAACAAUUUUCAUACUCAGUUCACAUUCUAAUUCAUUCAUCGACGAGGUGGCAAGAGCUGGUCCAAAUGCAAGAAAAUGGUUACAGCUUUAUAUUUUUCAGAAAAGGAGUAUUACCCAAGAUUUGAUUCAAGAAGCUGAAACUAAUGGAUUUGAAGCUAUUGUAUUGACUGUAGAUUUUGUAGCUUUUGGCUUAAGAUUGGUUAAUAUAAGAAAUCAAUUUAAAUUGCCCCCAAAUUUGUGCUCAGCUCUUUUGAUAAAGUAUCAAAACAACAACGUUUUAAAUAGUUUAGUCGAUAUUUCUGAUCCAACUGCUGAUUGGAACUACAUAAAGUGGUUAAAAACAAUAACCAACCUUCCAAUAAUUGUUAAGGGAAUUUUGACUGCUGAAGAUGCUAUUUUAGCAGUAGAAGCCGGAGUUUCUGCAAUAUUGGUUUCCAAUCAUGGGGCUAGACAACUUGAUACUGUACCUGCUUCAAUUGACGUUCUACCAGAAAUAGUUCAAGCAGUUGGUAGCCGUGUAGAUGUCUAUAUGGACGGAGGAAUCAGAGACGGAACUGAUAUUUUUAAAGCCUUAGCUAUGGGUGCCAAGAUGGUGUUCGUCGGAAGACCUAUUAUUUGGGGUUUAACUAAUGAUGGAGAAAAAGGAGGCAAAAAAAUCCUAGAGAUCCUUAAACUGGAAUUGGAUAACAUUAUGGCCCUUACAGGUUGUACCAGCAUAUCUGAUAUUAAUAAGGAUCUCGUGGUACACGAAUCCUUUUAUUCUAGAAUUUAGUAUGAUUUAACCUUGACUAAAAUUCUACAUUACCGUAAAGCAACACCAAGUUACUGCCAACUAAUGAAUAUUAAAUAAUUGUUAUAUGAUAUAAGUUAUAUAAUUAUAUAUAAAAAAUAAAUAUAAAGUUAAAA